AAUCAGAAUUCGGAAGCAUCCGAGUUGAGCUGAGUUGUGUUGAGUUGAGACAGAAGAGAGAACUCGUUGUUGAGAAUGGGAAGGAAGAAGGGGUAUGUGGAGUUCGACGAAUCGCCUCCGGACGAUUUCGAUCCGGCGAAUCCGUACAAGGACCCGGUGGCGAUGCUGGAGAUGAGGGAGUACAUCGUGAGAGAGAAGUGGAUUCAAAUCGAGAAGGCCAAGAUCAUCAGAGAGAAGCUACGCUGGUGCUACCGCAUCGAAGGCAUCAACCACCUUCAGAAGUGCCGCCAUCUCGUUAACCAGUACCUCGAAUCCACUCGCGGUAUCGGUUGGGGAAAGGACGGUCGCCAUCCCUCUCUCCAUGCUCCUAAGGUUGAGCCGGUUGAGGAAUGACUGUCUUGUGGAUAAAUAAAAGGGAAAGAUUGACUAUCCAACUCAUUAUACUGCCAUAUGAGAUUAUGGGUGAAGGAGUGCAUAUGCUGCAGUUAUUUUGUUUAUGUUCUUUUUCUUUAGUCGAACUUCAUGCGAACUACAAAUGUAUUUUUACUUGGCAUCGGCUAUUUUUGCUUGGCUUGUUACCAUUUAGAAGUAAACAAGUAUGGAAUAUGGUUAAAAUGCAUCAGAAUCAGAUUAUGAAAUAAAUUUAUUUCGUUCCCUGUUA